AUGUUUGGAGCCGCCCCGCCCGCCCCUUCGCCCGCCGAGCGCGCCGCAGCCCGCCUGCAGGUGCGCCAAACCUUCCGCGGUCUCGGCUUCUACAUUGCAUCGCUCUGGAGUGCCCCUCUGGUCCUCUACUACGUCAACCAGGCUCUCGGCCGUCACAUUGCCUAG